UUCAUUUUUAAUGUGUCUGGAUGCCCUUUACCCCAUUCUUCACUUGUUUUCAGUUUUCCUUUGAAAGGAAAGAUUACUUUGCUCCCGAUCAGGACAGCAUUGCCUGCUGUUUCUUGCUAGGAGGGAGAAAGUCAAGAAUGUUCUAGAUUACAGGGCCAAAAGGUACUUGAAAGUGGAGUGCUACAUUAAGAUUCUUCAAGGACCAUGGGGUGAAUACUCUAUCUUUCAAGUUUCCAGUGCACAGGAAGAAAUGAAUAAUUUUGGAUUUGAAAUUGAAUUAAUAUGAAUUGUAUCCACUUUUAAAAGGUGUGUUGUUAUUUCUGUUUAUACUGUAUAUCCACAGAUAAACAAAACAGAUGAACAAAAACAUUCCUGUCAAGGGCCCUGCUAAUUGCAGUAUCUGUGUCAUGUAGAAACCAUGUGGGCUGUUCCUGGGUAGAUCACACACACACACUUGUGCAUGCGUGUACACACACAGGCACUCAGGCACACACGUGCAUGCAGGCACAUGCACAUGUAUACAGUGCUUGCAGGCACACGUACACAGACAUGCACGCAGUUACCCAUGUAGGCAUAGGCACACAUAUAUGCAGGCAUGCACAUACACGUGCAUGUGCACACAGAAACCCCACCUGCACUCAGGCACACACGUGCAUGCAAGCACAUGUAUACAGUGCUUGCAGGCACACGUACACAGACAUGCAUGCAGGUACCCAUGUAGGCAUAGGCACACAUACACAGACAUGCACGCAGGUACCCAUGUAGGCAUAGGCACACAUACAUGCAGGCAUGCACAUACACGUGCAUGUGCACACAGAAACCCCACCUGCAUGCAGGAACAUGCACAUGUAUACAGUGCUUGCAGGCACACGUACACAGACAUGCACGCAGGUACCCAUGUAGGCAUAGGCACACAUACAUGCAGGCACGCACAUACACAUGCAUGUGCACACAGAAACCCCACCUGCAGGCAGGCACACACGUGCAUGCAAGCACAUGCACAUGUAUACAGUGCUUGCAGGCACACGUACACAGACAUGCACGCAGGUACCCAUGUAGGCAUAGGCACACAUGCAUGCAGGCAUGCACAUAUACGUGCAUGUACACACACAGGCACUCAGCCACACACGUGCAUGCAGGCACAUGCACAUGUAUACAGUGCUUGCAGGCACACGUACACAGACAUGCACGCAGGUACCCAUGUAGGCAUAGGCACACAUGCAUGCAGGCAUGCACAUAUACGUGCAUGUACACACACAGGCACUCAGCCACACACGUGCAUGCAGGCACAUGCACAUGUAUACAGUGCUUGCAGGCACACGUACACAGACAUGCACGCAGGUACCCAUGUAGGCAUAGGCACACAUACAUGCAGGCACGCACAUACACGUGCAUGUGCACACAGAAACCCCACCUGCAGGCAGGCACACACGUGCAUGCAGGCACAUUCACAUGUAUACAGUGCUUGCAGGCACACGUACACAGACAUGCACGCAGGUACCCAUGUAGGCAUAGGCACACAUACAUGCAGGUACGCACAUACACAUGCAUGUGCACACAGAAACCCCACCUGCAGGCAGGCACACAUGUAGAUGCCUCCUGUGAUCGUUCUCUGCAUUGGCUGCAAACAGGAGUGUGCACAGACCUCCGGCGUGGGCAGGAACACAUGAAGGCAGCUCUACACCUUGUGCUUCCCCGGCUGCAUGCACAGGUGGCCCUGACUAGUCCUGUACGGAGCACAUCCAAACAGCUAAUACUCGACCCAGCUGCUCUUUAAUGAGCUGGCAUGCAAGUCACCCAGAAUGUACCUUGUCCCAUGUCCUUCUUCUUCCCUCGUGUUUCUUUUCUACCCAUGCCUUUCAAGUCAUUUUCCUUCUGGAAUGUUUUCUCUUGUAUUCCAUGAUGUAUUUGAGGCUUGUUCCAUUCCAAUUCCAAGAAAAUGUGGUGGUUUGCAUGGCUCACCUGGUAGUUUGAUUGGAAUGCUAAUGGAUCUGUUUUAGGAAGUGUCCCUGCGAUUUAGGCAAUGCUGCGGCCUCCUCUGGCUCUUCAGUGAGGGGGUUGGAUUAAUUAGGGUGCCAGUUGUGAAACAAUGAAGCGAGAGAGGUCAGCUCCCUGCACAGAGAGAGUUGUAUCCUCAACAAUGUGCCAGGUGUCAGCCGCUGUGCCUCCUCUGAGAUCCCUGGUCCUCCUUCGGGUGACAGGGUUACAGCAGCUAUUUACAUUUCCUCUUUUAUCCUAAAAAUGUGUUUGUAACCAUAAGAAUUUUUUACAUGCACUUAUUUGGCCUGUGCCAGCUUCACAGUGGCAGGUACUUAUCAAUAAUAUCAAAGUCUGUUUUUGAAAACACGCACUCAUUUUCACACACCACGCAUAUUCUUAGCUCUGCUUUCUUAGGGAAGCAAGUGACACUCACAGAAGACCCCAGGGUGUAAGAAAAGCCUGAGAUACUGCUGGGCGGAGGAGCUUCAAGUCAUUGUGGGCUGCAGCAUCAUGCUCAGGACGGGGCAGGAGAUGGUACAGGGGCAUUCAGAGAGGAGCUAGGGUGAGACCAUACCAGCACGAGUAGAAAUGGUGCUGGACCUGAAGGGGAGGAAGAUGGAGAAGGAAAGCAGUGGGCUGAGUGCAGAGCACCAAAGAAAGCCGGGCCCAGGUUUCUGUCUUCCUGGGCCCUUCUCCCCUGUGUCUGCCCUCCUCUUCAUGUAACACCCCAGACACACAGGAGUAAGGGCGCACCCCACUCCAGAGGGCCCCAUCUUCAUUUCGCUUAUUCCAUCUGCGGGAUUUCCAAAUAGGAGCACACUCACAGGUAUAGCAGCUCAGGGCUGCAAACUAUCUUUUGACACGCACAGUAGAACACAUAAGGUGAAGCUCUCCCUGGAACUCUGGUCCUCUGUGCCCAGGACAGUUGUGGAUGUGGUGUGCAGACUUCUCCCUUCAGGAGUGGGGGCCGAGUGGAGCAGGUGUGGUCCCUGAGGCUGAGCAGGGCAGGCCCUGUGCCGGCUCUCCUCCUGAGAGUCCACGUCUCCUGUGGCUUGUGUCCUCAGGGAACCUGGCAUACUGUCAUUUCUGUCAGAGGGCGUUGCUCUAAGACAUCAACCCCGCAGCAGUGUGGGAGCCCCUUGCACAGUGACUGGCUGCUGGCUGACACACACACCAUUUCCAUCCCCGGGAGGGAUCCCUCCUCACUGUGAGCCCCCCACCCUGGGAGGUUAAUCACGCUUUCCUGCCUGUUCCCAGCUUCACUGAAACACGAAAACCAGCCAUGAAAUGGGUCCUGCUCACCCUGGCGCAGGUUCUGGUUGCCUUGAUACCCAAGUCCAUUCUUCUUGCCUGCGUGAUUUGCAUGAUUUUUUGUAGGUUUUGGUCCCCCUGCCUUUUUUUUCUUCUUUACUGCAUUCUUGAUUUAUUUUUCUUAUACUUCU